GCCACGAAUGGCAACACCGUGAAAAGCAUGCUCAACACAACAAUCUAUGCUCUGAACCCCCUCAACUUUAGCUCCAACUAUUUCAAAUUCAUGAGCUGCAUGCCGCCCGGCGCGUACGUCGCGAACAAUAGGUCAGUUCCCAAAGGCCUCGCGAACGACACCGACGCCAAGUACGACGGAACGCAGUUCGCGUACGGUCGCGUCAUUCGCAGCGAGAAGCUUGUCGCGAACGCCAAGAACCAGACGGUCAACAGCAAGUCGACGACGGACACGGAGCUUAACGACAUCUCCGUCGUUCUCUUCCCUGGAGUCGGCCCGCUCAUUGCCACGGAUGCCACCCCACCCAUCGGCUGGAUGAACCCUGACAGCCCAG